GUUUUAUAUCUGGUGUACAACGCGGUAAUCACGUGUGUCCCGACGAGAAGUUUACGCCUACCACACCUAAGAAUAUUUCCACCAGAAGGCUGUGGUUAGACUUGAAAUACCGUGCAAACGAACCAGUAUUGAAGAAAAUGAGUUGUGUUAGCAAAGGAUCCAAGAGGGUUCACAUGAAUGUGAACGAAUUGCAAAAUUGGUCAACUGGUCAAAGAGUCAAGUUUAUACCCCCAUUACAACCAGGAGAGAUCGCGAUUGUUAGUACAUCUAGAGGUGUUUUGGAUAUUAAGGAUGCGAUGUUGUUAAAAACGGGAGGAGAAGUGCUCUGUAGGGUUUGGUAA